AUGCUCGGUGAUGGGGCAAUGAUCAAAAUGGCACAGUCUAAAGUGUUCCUGAGUGGUCUUGGCGGCCUGGGAGUAGAAAUAGGUAAGUUAAACGCCAAAGCUCAGGCUCACUACACUGUAGUUAUGAAAGGCCUUUUUUAUUUCUUGGCUAUGAUAAGGCUGCUCCGAUACUUUAAAUGUCUCUCAAAACUAGGAGUGAUGAAUAUUUAUGCAUACAGAUGUAUUAGUGUAAGUUCAAUGCAUCUCUUCAAUCAUAUUUGUCAAGCUUGUCUUCUUACCAUUUCUGAUACAGAUCUGCUGAAAAUAAUGCCUAUGUCGCAUUAUGAAGGAUUAUGAAUAUAUAAAUAAAUAAGAAACUAAGUAAAACUAGCAAUAGCCUCGAUCAAUGAUUGGGUGCAUACCUGAACAUAAUCACUAGCUUCUAGAGAUUUUUAUUCUAAACAUUGAAGGCUUGAGUGUUAAUAAUAAUUUUUUGUUUUUGCUUUAGCAAAAAAUGUUGUCCUGGCUGGUGUAAAGGUAAUGUUUUAACCUAAAAAUUAAUUUGUUAAUGGCCAGUCAUGCGACCACUAAUUUUGCGUCACAUUUUUCUGAGAUGUGCAAGGGUAGGGUGGGUGCGUGGAAGCCAUGCCUGAAAGAAUUUUCUUUUGUUUUUAUUAAGUUUGAGCCAUACCCUCUUAACUUGAGUAUCUAUAUCUGUUCAUUUAUUUCUGACACAAAUUUUUUAAAAAUUUUGUAAACAUUGGAUGCCAUGGUUAUGAGAUAAAUUAUGUUGACAUGAGGUUAAGUCAUUUUAAUAAAAAUCAAAUUUAUUCUUUCUUGUGCAAAGAAAAACAGACAAAAAGUUGCAAAAUGUUUCAUUACAAUCUAUUUUAGACCUUCAGCAAAAAAUGGCUCUGAAGGAGACUUGAGUUCUUCUUACCUUCUAUGCUAUUUGCAUAGAACUGAAUUAUUAGUAAAAUAAUUUAUGAUCGAAUUUUUUUUAAAAGAUGUCAUUACCAGCACUGAGUAUCAUAUCUCAUAAUGCCCAUCAGUUUCUAGAGGCCAAUGCACAGUAGGCUUUUUAUUAACUAUGAAUUUUGAAAAGAAAAAUAAAAAAAUAAUAAUAAUAGAAGAAAACUCAAGGAGGGAUCUAACUGUGCCUCCUCUGCUCAGCCCAUGUUUGGGGUAUUAAUUUGCUUGUUCAUCCAAAGGUUAAGCAAUUACUGAGGUUUUUAAAUAUUAGCUGGUUCAGAUGCUUAAGUCUGGGUCACCCUCAUUCUCUGCAAACAGGCCUCUGCUAGCUUACAGCUUUUGUGAACACUCUGUUUAAGGCUCUGUUCUUUAUACUAUGCCGGAUAACUUUUGCGCUGGCACGAGAACCAUACAGGAUAGGGAUUCUGUUCACACAUAAGAAUGGUGAUUUUGGGGCAAUUUCUGUAACAGAGUGAAGCUGUGCACACCGGCCAGUCUCUAAAGUGAAGAGUCACUUAUCGCAUAGGCAUUCAUACCACAUCAGAUGGCUAUUUGUGUUAGGACGAAAAGCCAUCCAGUAUUGGGAACAUAGCCUAAGUUACAUGUCAGGGGCACCCAACAAGAAUAUAGUUCAAAAUCACUUAAACAUAGCAUUGUUAAACGUAUUUUAGUAUUUAAACAGUAGAUAAAGGCAUAUUUUUAUUCCAUAAAGAUUUUUCAUCUGUUCGGGUAAAAACCUGUUUAAAAAUGGGCAAUUAUACCAUUUUUUAGAUGUUUGAAAAUCCUAGGAAAGACAGGGAAGCAAGAAAUAAUACAACAAAUGUUCCAAAAAUUCUAGAUCUCAAAUCGUCUUCCGAACAGAUUUUUUUCCGAAAAUUGAUGUUAGGUGCCCCUGAAAUGUAAUAUUUACCCUUUUAGUGACCAACACCAAUUUUCUCCUAAUAAUGUCAAUACAAUCAAUACAGUAUCAAGAGGAAAGGUUAUGAGAAUUAAUAAAAUGAUCACCUGAAAGAAAAUGCUUUGAUCUUUUAUCAAAUUCUCUCAACUAAUUCUUAAAGGAGAUGUAUAGAGAUCAGUUUGGAGAAUUUGUAUGUGGAUAUUGGGGGUUAAAGGGGUCAAGGGGAGUCUAAAUGUUUCCCCUAGCUCCACUGGACUCUUGAUUACUAAGGGUAUGGAAUUGCCUUUUUGUCCAAAGGUUGUAACACAAUCACUGAAUUAAUUGUGGAAAUUUCUAGCACAUUGAUUUUUAGUUAAGUUAAGAAGUUGAAGAUAAUAAUUAUUGUUCUUAUGCUUAAUAGUCUAUCACUCUACAUGAUACCAAGAUUGCCUGCUUUGAAGACCUUGGAAGCCAGUUCUUCUUGAGAGAGGAUGAUAUCAGAAACAACAAAAACAGGUAGGACAUUAGUUUGUGAUAUUUUAAAUUUGUUUUGUUAGUUUCUCCCUUAAAAAAUAAUUGCCAUGGUAGUGAGGGUAACCACACUGACAUGAAACUGUUUGAUUAAGAAAAUGUAAUUUCAGAAAUUUAUAAUAAAUGAUAAUAAUAAUAGUAAUAUUAAUAAUGAUAAAUUUAUUUGAAAUUUCUAAAAUUACAUUUUCCUAAUGGAUCAACACAAACAAUAAUUGAUCUUAUAUUGGAGCAUAAUGGCACAAGGCAAAUCAGCCUACAUGUGCUAAACAAGCUUAACUUUGGAAGAAUGACAAUUUGUCUGUUGAGAUGUAUCCAGAGGAAAAAUUGUAAUUCUUCAAACAAAAACAAUUGAAAAAGGUCAUAGAAAACUUCUAAACCCAUCUUGAUUUUUCCUUCAUCAGUAAUCAUCACAGAUAUUAUUAUUAUAUAUAUAUAUAUUUGAUGAUGAGGCUUCAAAACUGCUCUCUAGAGAUGGGGGGGGGGGGGGGCCCAUAUAAUAAAAAAAAAAAUAUAAUGAAAAUAUAUACACAUACAUUUAACCUAUUUUUUUUUUUUUUAUUAAUACAAAACUUAACUAUAAUUUUUUUUAUUAUUUUUUUUUUUGGGGGUGGUGCGUCACAACUGGGGAGGGGGGGGGGGGGGGGGGGGGGGGGGCUCCAAUCACCCUGGUGGGGUCAUUGCAGCUGGUUGCUGGGGAAUACUAGUGGUCUCAUGGAUGUUAUCUAUCCUGUAUAUUUAUACUUUUCCUAUCAAGAUAGGCUUCAAAACUAAAUAUAAUACGACCCCUCCUGAGGGAAACAGUGUUAAUUUUGUUUCCCGAGAAUCUCAGUGUUUCUUUCAGCAGACCCUAAUAAUAGAUAAAUAAAUUAAUGUCCAUAAAUCUUUUCGAAACUCAAGUCCUUGUAUACAUACGUUAUUAUAUUUUUGUUUUGUUAUUUUAUCUUUAGAGCAGAAGCCAGUGCAUCACUACUUGCAGAGCUAAAUCCUUAUGUUGCUAUUCAAACUUCAACUACAUCUAUCAGUAGUGGUAACUUGGAUUUCCUCAAACACUACCAGGUACAUCGUACACUCUACAUCUCAGUACUAUCAUUCCAGGGUAACCCAGAUAUAGUUAACCUUUCUUAAAUUUAUUUUGUUGAGCUUGAGUUUAUGAUAAGAAAUUACAGUAAAAACCUGUGACUAACAGCCUGCAUUUUCCCAGGUUAGCCUAACCAGCUGGUUCUUACAUAAAUGGUAAUUAGCACAAAGUUAAAAAUCAUAAUGUUCUUAUUUUCUGAAAAAAAAAAGAAAGAAGCUAUGAGUAUUUAGUGGUAUUCAGCUUAUUCCUCAUAUUAUACAACUACAUGAGAAAUUUCUGCAAUUUGAUUGACUUAGAGCAGUGGUAUUUCAGCUUAAUUCGAAACACCUACAUGUGAAAAUUACAACCUUUCGCGGGUAGUAGUAUAAACAAAUAAUAGCAUAAUUUGUAUGUGAUAUUUGGCAUAAAAUACCACUCGUGAUGUAAUUCAAAAUUGUCUCAAAUUUCACUCGCCUGGAAAUUAUGUAUAACAAUUUUGAAAUAUCACUGGUGGUAUUUAUGCCAAAUAUCUCUACUAAUCAUGCUAUUACCUACACUAGAACCAUCAUACCAAAUUAGUAUUUAUGUCAUUUUUAAAUGUCUGAAGCACUGACUACAUGAAUUUUGAAGUCCUUUACAAGUGUACAGAAUUUCUUUAAUUAUAGAUGGAAGAUAAUAAGAACCUGUUUCAAGUUUUAAGCUAAACAGGUUCUUGUAUAGGGGGGGCCCGAACUGAAACAUUUUAGCCUAACAGGUUCUUAAAAACCCGGUUCUUAGUCGAGGGUUUUUAUUGUGUUUCGAUUUUUUCAGAUUUUCAAGCUCAAAAUUAGAGCAUGUUACAGAAUAGAAAACUAGGGCUCAGUCAAAAAAGUCUUAGGGUGCUUGCCAUUAAUUUUGGGAGAACUUGCCAUGCUGCCAAACCAGUCCUGUCAUAAGGAGACUUUAUUUCAGUAUUAAUCAGGAAUAUCCAGCCAGAUCACUGCAAUUCUUAAAUGGUAUUCAUUAAGACUUAUAUUUCAUUUUUCUAAUAUAAAGAUUUAGCCAGAACUAAAAGCGAAACUCUAGUUUUUGCAUUUUAAAUUUACUUAGACAAUGGACUUUAAACCAUUGCAAAGAAAUCCACAAAUCUAUACUUAACUUUAGGGGAGAACCAUUUGGCUGAAAAACAUAAACUUGAGCCUGCGAUCAAUUAAAAGCGAAUAACUGGUUAGUGGAAAACUUCAAAAAACACAUGACCUUAAUGAGUUGUCACCUAGCCCACGAUAUGGUCAUGCAACUCUGGCCAGCGGAUACCCAAUUGAUGGAUGUCUAUCUUCAAGUCACGUGAUAACUAAAAUAUCUCUGAUGGACAGAUUACCAAAUUGUCUCCCCUGUUCUUUUUGGGGAUAGAACAAAAAGAAGUCUUCACAUUCAGAAUUGGUCAAAUCUCUUUAAUCGAUUUGCAACUUCAAUAAUCUGUGGAAAUUCUGCAAUGUCAAAGUGCACAUUAACUUUAGAUAAAACAACAUGUUUUUUGAAGUAGUUUUUCUCACUUUGUCCCUGCGAAUUCUCUUUUUAUUAGUGCGUGAUUCUCACAGAGGCCCCACUUAGUUUACAGCUUGAAGUAGACUCAUUCUGCAGGUCACAGAAGCCACCUAUUAAGGCAAGUGCAAAGAACAUUGAUUGAUCUUUCACCUUUUCAUAAGAUCCAGUAUAAUUUACUCGCCAGUGCAAGUGUUCCUAGUGCAAAAUAUUGUGCAAAAAAAAACAACAACAACAACUACUGAAAGGUAGCCUGACAAAUGCACCAGUAAUGACUGGACUUAUCUUGAGGUAGCCAUUUUCUUAUUUUAUAGUGUGACCAGGCAAUUGAAAACCGCUGCAGGCAGUGAUUUUGCUAAGUUUGGCAUAUUGCUUUUUUCAGUGUUAAAAAGAUUGAAAAAGGGGAUUUUGACUUGAAUAAAGUUUUGUGUUUUUUAGAUAGUUUAAAGGAAUUUUUGGAAGGGUUUAUCUCUGUCAAAAGCUCUGUUAUUGUUUGGGUUAUGCUUGACACAGGUGAUCAGUGAAGGUGAUAGGUAAUAAAAGGGAGCUUAAGCAACAACGACGGCAUCGGCAACAAGAACGGCAAAAAAGCAUUAGGUUUAGAUUGGCAAAACAACAACUUUGCACGUGCAUCAUGCUUUUUUGUACAUUUCUUUGCUGUUGCUGCAUGACUACAAUGUGAAAGUGCUUAAUUUAACGUUUUGUUGAAGACGUGAAUGAAGACAACAACUUUUUUUUCUUUCCCUGAACUUUGAAACAGUCUUUUAGAAUUCAUCUCUGCCAUCAGUUGAUGUAUUGAACGAAAUGGAAUAAGCGCGAUAAAGUUUGAAGUAGCGCAAAUUCACUUUUUAAGUGACAUUUUCGUAGAGGUUGCCGUCGUUGUUGGUUAAACUUCCUACAACCAGGUCACAGGAACCGCAGAUUUUAAAAAACAUUGAGUCUAAAAGAAAAAAAAAGCAAAGAAGCAGGUUUUGGAAUCCUGGCGGAUCCAGGGAAAGGGCCUGCCCCCCGCUUAUUUUUAGACCAAAAAAAUUUUUUUAGAGGCUGCCCCCCCCCCCCCCCCCCCUUCCCCUCGGGCCUGCGUCUCUCCCCGCCACCCCUCCGCGAAUCACCACCCUUCCCCGUCAUUUUUGAUCUUCGUACUUGUCCCCUUUUAUAAACUCUUUUUAUCUUUUAUUUUCCUUCGUAUUUUACUAAACAAGUUUUUGGAACCUUGCCGAAUCAAGGAAAAGGCCCUCCCCCCCCCUUAUUUUUAAACCAAAAAAAUUUUUUAAGGGGUUGCCCCCCCCCUCCCCUGUUAUCUCAGGGUCUGGAUCUGUCACUGGCAAUCACUGGUGAAUCAAACACCUUACCUGUAAUUGUUAAACUACUACAUUGACCUGAUAUUGAAUAUCUUUUGUCAUGUUUAUAUCUGCAGUUUAUUAGUGCAGGCAUACAUGGAGUGGUCAGUUGGGCAUUUUGUGAUUUUGGACCGAAUUUUGAAGUCCUUGACUCCACUGGGGAGGAACCAAAGGAAUUCUUUGUUUGGAAAAUUACUAAGGUACAUAAGUAACAUAAUUUUGAUGACAAGAAUAAAAAUAACUUUAUUGUCAUUUCAUAUAAAAGUAAUAAUCUUAUGUUGAGCUGUAAAAUGUGUUUCAACAGGCAAAUCCUGGUGUGGUGACGACAUUAGAAAAUCGGAUGCAUGGCUUACAGACUGGUGAUAAGGUCACAUUUAAAGAAAUUGUCGGAAUGACUGCUCUCAAUGGAUCAGAACAGACCGUCAAAGGUUAGAAAUACAUGUUAACCUGAGAUCAGGCUCUAUUUUCGUUUCACUUUGAAAAUUACAUUCCUUAGAGAGAAUGUAUGAGAACUGCUAAAAUUGGGCCCGAUCUCAGGUUAGGUACAUGUAUAUAGAUCAACCCUACACAUGUACAAUCUGCAGUGUAUGUUUUGUUGCCUUGGUGUUGGUCAAUAGACUGCAUGUAUACCCAAGAGUGUAUUUCAUGUAAGCAUGUGAAGCCUUUGCUAAACGUUUUUCAUAGCCUUUAUUUACGCAACAUGGAAAAAUCCCAUUUUUACCAUAACGGAGCGAUUUUUCGUGUGCUGAUUGGUCGAGAACUAUGUUCGAUAAGACCGUACAGACCAUGAAAAUGAUGUGAUGGUGGCGCAAUUUGUUUUUUCCUUUCUCUCGUGCGCGAUUUUUCGAGAAAAUUCAACGGAAAUGGACGUCAAAACUGUGAUUGUUAUGGUAAAAAGAAACAAACAAAACUAAGUAGAAAUGUUGAAAUUUUGCUCUCGUCUCAACUUUUUGGACGAACUUGCACAGGCUACCCUCCCCCCCCUCCCCCCCUCAAGAGAGCUUGCUUGCAGCCCUGGUAGGGUGGAAGAAUCCCUGCUGUUUCUCCUGACCUGAUUGUUGACUACCCCUGGGUCUCCAGGGUGGGGGGUUAUAUGUGAUGUAUAUAUUUUUACAUAUUUAUGUCAUCUUGAUGGAUGUUUCUACAGUGCUAUCUCCCUAUGCAUUUAGUAUCUGUGAUACUAGUGGACCUGAGUACAAAGAUUAUGAAUAUGGUGGAAUAGGAAGACAAAUCAAGACUUCUUCUUCUUUAUUGAAUUUCGUAAGUUAAUAGAACUCUUAUAAGGUUUUUAUUUAUUGUGGGGUGUUAUUUAGAAAUAUUAGUUUUACUCUGUGGUUACAGUAGUUAUAGAAAUGUAAUGAUCUGCCAAUCUCCUACGGCAAGUAAUUGCUGGCGAGCCUUGAGCGAGCCAGCACACUAUUCUCAACAAUAGCGGGAAAAAGCCAAAAAAAUGUCGGAUGUAAGAUCAGAAGCAUGCGCAGUCUAUUGGUUUGUCUUAUCCGGGGUAUUCACUUCAGUGCGAUGACAUCACUUAAACCGUACGUGGACGUCGAGCAAAUUUCCAGGGUAGGCAGGGUGUUUUGGAUAGCUGGUCGCUUACGAGAGGUGGUCGCACAUGGAGGUUCGACUGUAUUACUCAAUCUCUUGUUUCGACUCACCUUUCAGUGAAUUAUUGGACGUACGAUUUGUACACAAAUACGUCCACUAAUUUGGCUACUUUUAAUUUGGUUUUGCAGGAAUCUCUAGAAACACAGCUUAGUAAACCAGAUAUUCUUACUGCAGAUCUCAGUAAAAUAGAGGUAGGAUUAUUAAAACAAAAAGAGAAUAUGUUAUUUAAUUUAAUACAUCGUGAUGACGUUCAUUCUUUUUCUUUAUAUUUUUGGUUUUUGAGACCCUCUCCUUCUCCAAGACAUAUGUUUCUGGGAAACUGUCCACCUACCCCUCCCCUAAGCCAACAUUUUGCCCUAAGUGAGAAGUAAGUGUUAAUGUUGGCAUAGGGGAGGGGUAGGUGGACAGUUUCCCAGAAGCAUAUAAUGAUCUGACUUGGAUCAUUAUACGUCGACUUUCUUAUCACUUCUGCGGGAGGAAUAUGAAGAUUUUCUGAACCUAUAUAUUAUUGUUUUUAGUACAUUUUUUUAAAUCACCACCAGGUUCCCCUGCAGCUACAUUUUGGAAUACAUGCGUUACACUUAUUUCAAGAGAAGAAUGGAAGAAUGCCUGAAAUCAGGUAUAAAGCUAUUACUUAUUUUUGUCUUAAGCCAUUCACUCGCUCGCCAUUCGAUUUUGUUGAAAAACGAGUUUGAAGUUAUUCAAGCCGUUUUCUGGUCAUAUUUGUCUUGCUAUAAAGAACCAAAACGCUGCAAAAGAUCGAGAACUAUGCGGCAUUCUGUUCCAAAUGCUAAAUAUCGGUUUCCAAAGUUUCGGCGUACGCAGACAGCAAAAUUGGGUUCAUAAGUGACACAGCAGUCUCGACUGUUUCCUUUCGCUUUCUCUUCUCCCCUGUUCUUUCUCUUUUCUUGCCGUUUACACUCACAGUUUUCUAGAUUAUAGCCAUUACUUCAGUUAUUUUUUUUUUCGGUAUGCAGCGGACUCGGCUAAUUUCUAUGUUUAACUGAUUUUUUAAAAAAUUUCUAAUGACGAUAUUUUACACUGAGAUAGGACGAUGGACACCGAAUUAACGACUUUUUUUUCAGAAACAAGGAAGAUGCGAUGGAGUUAUGUAAGAUUGCAAAGUCUUUAAAUGAGGCAGCCAUUACAAAGGUGAGUAGCAAGACCCUGAGCUGCCACUUUCUUCUCUUCAAUGGACAUUUCUGUAAUUUCCCAACAGUUUAUAAUAUUUGUCUCUCGCCUAUCACUGUCAUAAUCCAGGUGCAGGAUAGGAUAAUCAGUGAGGCGUAAAAAUUGCUAAACACCUCUGUCAUACAGUUUCAUGCUGGCAUAAGGAGAGGAACUAAUGCAGGCAGGAUGUUUUACAUGAUAUCUGCAUGGAACAUUGAUUUUAUUGUAUCGAUAGUCCAUAUUUCAAGGAAACAAAACUGUGCCAUAGAACCAGACCUAAUUUUUUUAUCCGAUCUUAAUUAUCCAAAGUAGCGCACGCACACAGAAAUACUCUUCAGAAUACAUUCCUACUGAUUUCCAUGAAAUUACAGGCAGUCUAACGAAGUCGUUCCCUCCCCAUCUUACCCAGAGAAAGCCUAAAAAGAUGUUUAUUGUUAACCUGUAAAUGUAAAUUUUUUAAAGACGUUUUGUAAAACAGUGAGUCGUCCAUAAAGCGAAACACUUAACUUCGGGAUACUCUUCAUGGGUUUCGGGUACAAGUUCGUUGCUUAUUGUCAGCACCCUUCUGCUUCUCCCCCCCCCCCCUCUCCCGUAAACAUGGUAAAACCAGCUGUUUUGAUCACUCAUGGGCAGUGUUUGUAGACGCAAGCAAACUGUAGCUGUAAAGUUGCCCAUUUGUCCAACCAGCUUUAUCCAAUAAAGAUGUGAUCGAAUAAACGUAUGUAUGAGAGUAAAACAUGAAGCUAUGCUUAUUUUAUCCUUUUUUGUACAAUGUAGGCCGACUGUCUUGACGAAGAUUUGUUGUGUCAAUUGUCUUUUACAUCACAAGGCUGUUUUUCUCCUCUGGCAGCUGCUGUUGGUGGAGUUAUAGGCCAAGAAGUGUUAAAAGCUUUAACGGGAAAGUACAGUCCUCUAAAGCAGUGGGUACGUGCAGAGCGUAUCAGGCUUGUCACUAGUUUUUAAAGUACACAGGUGCCCAAGGUUAAUUAGGUGGGAAAAGCUGUAAAGUUGGUUUGAAAGUCGGAGGUUGUUUAUCCCGGUGGGAAUGUUCCAAACGGAAAUUCGUGUUCCAUUUCUGAUUUGCGCAAAUGUUAAAACACGAUUCCGGUAUGAAAUUUACCAGCCCUGAAUUUGCUUACCAGAUUUGCUCCAAUCAUGAACCGACUGGUUUACUCAUGUACAAGGUAAACAACAGGGGUAAAGAGACGUAGGGACCAACUACAGUGUCGGGUGUCUGUUUUAUUGAGGUCUUCGUCUUACAGACUGUAAUAGUGACUGUGAAAACUAGAACGUGUGCCAGGAACAUUAUCAGUAUGUUUGCUCUCGAGACGAAUUACAUAAAGUACAUUGUGUAAGUCAUUCGCCCUUAACUGUGUGUUUAUAUCAACAGCUCUACAUUGAUGCCACUGAAGUUCUAAAGGGACAGGAAAAACUGGACACUAAAUCGUUUUUACCCAGGUUAGUUGUGGUAUUUUUAUUUGACUUUUUGUGCGAGAAUUCUGGUACUUUUUAUGUAGAAAUAGUAUGUUGUUUAUAGUCCUCCUUUAUUCUGUGUAAAGUACAUAAGUUCUUGUUAGUGUAGUAUUUUAUCAUAAUUAGCUGUUUAUAUGUGGUAUUUUUCUGACAAUUUCUUCAUCUUUCUUUUUUAUACAUUUUAAGUUAUUUUUAAAUUGGAUGGAUUACCUUAGACUACGAGCAGUCUCUCUUUUUUUUUGGACCGUCAAGCAAAACGCGCGUGACACGCCAAUGACCACGCGCUUGACUUCUCGAUGCUCGCGCGCGUGCACUCCCCUCACGAAAUCUGAAGAGAAAGAAAGACUGCUCGAAUUCUUGGAUCAGCUCUCAUGGUUCUUGUGUUACCCACCUUCUGUCGUUCCCCGCUGCUCUCUUAUCAGGGGCACCCAACGAGAAUAUAGUUCAAAACCACUUGAACAUAGCAUUGUUAAACGUAUUUUAGUAUUUAAACGGUAGAUAUAGGCAUAUUUUUAUCCUCUAAAAAUGUUUCAUCUGUUCGGAUUUCCUAGCUGAAAGUCUAGUGAUUCGAAAAUUAGAGGGAUCAAAACUUACCUUUUCGAAAAUUUCAGCCAGAAAAAAGCCUCCCGAAAAUUGAAGGUGACCCUUUUAGGGAAAAAAUUCGUUAAAAAUGGGCAAUUAUACCAUUUCUUAGAUCUUCGAAAAUCCUAGGAGAGGCAGACAAGCAAGACAUUUUGCAAAAAAUGUGCAGAAAAUUCUAGAUAUCAAAUCGUCUUCCGAACAGAUAUUUUCAGAAAAUAGUCGUUAGGUGCCCCUGUCUUAUCGGACUUGUAGGCCGUUAAAGUGGAUUAAAACAAGAUGAAAACUAAUAAUGGCAGUAGUCAUAAACAUAAACGUUGAAAAAAGCGUUUGUGUAUGAAGUGAAAUGAUACAAAGUACGAAAGACACCGUUAAGUGAAAUUUAAACAAAUUCAACUGAGUUAAUAUUUGACGUCAAGGUUGGAAAAGGAGUGAGGAAUUAUUUUGUGUUGUAUAAAUACAGUCGAACCUCUUCACAACGGCCAUUUUGAGGACAGAAGAAAGUAGCUGUUGUUAGACUAAGAGGAGAUUUCCAGAAGAGGCCUAAAAAAUGAAAAACGUAGGACACCCUCUACAUAUUUGGUCUGACAUAAAAAAAUGAUAGGGCAAUACCCAUGUGGAGAGGUUGCCGCUACGGGAAUGUAGGGGUGUAAUAUGACAAUUUAUUUUUACGGAGUACUGAACAUGUUUAUUGUGCCUUAUUUCAUGCUUACUGUAUCCCAUAAUGUCAAUCCAAUCAUAUCUAAUAUAUAGAGAUAAAAAACAGAAAAAACUUGAGUAAUUUUUUGAAUCAAAAUGUUAACGUGACAAAACGAGCAAGGUUCCCAUAAUUCGCUUCAAGUAUGGUAGACAAAUUUUGCCUACUGCAGCGGUGUAAAUGGGACACAAUCAAAAUACGAUCAUCAACUCGCCAUACGGAUUAAAUGUCAUGACCAUUGUUGACUUUUUCAUCAGUCUCUGAAAAAGCUGGCCGUUGACGAGAGGUUAUUUUGCCAGUUGAGGACAUGCUUUAGUGGCCGCUGCCGUAUGUAGAGAAUGUAGAGAGGUUUAAACAACAGUUAAUGUAUUGACUGUCCGCUGGGACGAAAAAAGUGGCCGUUGUAGAGAGGUGGCGGUUAGUGAAGGUUCGACUGUAUUCAGAAAUUGACAGGAGCCUAGGUAGAGAGAAGCGCUUACUCAUAGUUAUGUUAGGUCGUUCUUUUUGUAGGCAACUUUACUGGGGCAACAAUAAUACCGGUUUCUAGAAUAUGUACUUUAUUUCCGUGUGUUCUAGGCAUGACCGAUAUGACUCUUUACGCAUGUGUAUCGGAGAGGAGCUCCAUAGUAAACUGGCAAAUCUGAGGUUAUUCAUGGUAAGCAACUUAUUUUGUUUUUUGAUAAGCUUAUUGGGUUAGGCAAAGAAAUGUAUUUUUCCCCUUUCACACAAGCCAGAAAAAAGUACCGAGUUUUAUUAAAGUCGGAGUAAGAAAGAAUUGAAAUCGGAUGGUCAGUUUCUUGUUAAAUUAUUUAACAACAACAACAACAGCAACGAAAAUUAAUAAAAGUAACGUUAUUCGACGUUUCGAUGUAUCCAACUUCAAAGUUGUUAAAAGAGUUGAGAUUUGAAUUCGUUUGAUGGCAUCUUGAUAAUGUUGUUGGAUACAUCGAAACGUCGAAUAGCGUUUACCAACUUCUAAUUCUUCUCGUUAAGAAAGAAAUGAAGCUGCAUAAAAUACUCCUACCAAACGAACAACAAGACAACAACAGCAACAACAACAAAAUACCCGCUCCUUAUGACAAGUGAAGACAAGGGUGGAUUGUAAUUUCUUUUGGUCCUUACAGGGAGUGGGAGGGGAAUUGGGAAAUAUUUUGCAGAAAUAUCAAGGAAUUUUACCGACUAACCCCCCCUCCCAAUAAAUACAAGCCCUCUCACCUUUGUUAAUAUAAAUUGUUGUUGUUGUUUUUUUUUUCAGGUUGGAUGUGGUGCUAUAGGGUGUGAGCUGUUAAAGAACUUUGCUCUUUUAGGAAUUGCUGGAGGCGCGAAUGGCAUGGUAGUUUUCAUUUUUAUUUUAACACUCAGUGACGUGUUUCGCCAUUUUGACUUUUGAACAGUUUUUGUUUGUAGUUUCUAGUUGAAGCAUGUUAUUAUUUAAUUUGCAGAUGACGAUCACAGACAAUGACCUCAUAGAAAAAUCGAAUUUAAAUCGCCAGUUCUUAUUUCGGCCUCAUCAUAUUCAGGUAAUAAAAGCAUUCCACAGUUAACUCUCUCUCUCAACGGACAUCUUAAUGCAAAAUGGACACUUAAGAGUCUGUUUAUAUGGAGCUGAGGGACCCCGGUUACCUCACCUACCUGGGUUCCCCACCUCCACGUAAACAGGCCCUUAGGGUUGGUCCUUGCCGUUUUUCAGUCAAUUUCCUUGACUGUUCAAAACGGAAACCUACAGAGUUGGUCCCCGUCUUUCUUUACUUGUUUUAGUUGACUCUCUAUAAGAUAGACACCUAGAGUUGGGCGUAUUUCGGCGUUAUCAUAUUCAGUUGACAGAGAGUUUUCAGAAGUCAACCUUUCCUAACCGACAACUCAAUGCAAAAAGGUCAACUAGAGUUGGUCCUUGUCGUUUUUCAGUCAUGAUUUUCUUUGACUCUCUAUAAGGUGGUCGCCGUUCUCCACACUUUCUUUCAAUCAUGACGUGUCCGUCUUCAUUAUUUGGUUGAUUUAGCAAUGCCAACGUGACGGCAGUGACGUCGGCGCGCAGAAAUCUACCAACUGGCUUGACCAAUGGUAGUGAAGCAAAUUGAGCGUCAAAAGUAACCUUCAGUCUUUUGGCGUGCUUUUGCGUUCUAUUUGAUGCUGCGGUGUGUUUGCUAAAUCUUCCUUAUCAUUCAUCCCUAAGAGUCUUCUCAGGCUACAAUGUUGCUCCAUACGUCAAUAUUCAUCAUACAUACUCCUGCCUCUGCGGCGGAGGCAAGACGCGUGUCCCCUGUGAAGGGAAUCCAUGUACCUCCAUAGAGACAUAAGAGAGGUUAAGCGUCACGUUUACGUCAAACGGCAAACGCGAAUUUGCACCACGUGACCAAGUUUCCCCUUUACUUGUCGUUUACUGUUCAUUAUUUCUACGCAUAAAUGAAUAGUUUCACGAAAUUUUUUAUCCGUAAGAAUUGUUUUGAGCUGUUUUUAUCUGCUCAUUUUCUAUUUUGAGAAAUUCUCAACUUGAAUCUGACGUUUGCCGUAUACGUGAAGCUUAAACUCUCUAUUAAGCACUACAUUUACGGCAAAGAGCGAUGGACAGAGAUGACCAUGAAAUGCUUUUUCCCGCCAUUUUUUUUUUUGCGUUUGUCGUUUUCAAAUUAAAGGCGUUGGUUUUUAUGUUCAUGAAAAACACUGCCGUAUCCAUUGAAGGAUCUUAUCCUUCAAUAUCAUGCAGUUUCAUUUCGCGUUGUAAAUGAAAGAAUUGAUGAGAUUACAGGGGGCGGACUGUCUGUGAAAACUGUAAAGAUGAAUGUUCAUCUAUCGGAUGGCAGGGAGCUCUGAGUUUCCAGUCAAUUUUGGUUAUUCGCGUGCCGUUUGCCAUUUGUCUGUAAACUUAGUGCGUAACUUCUCUAAUAUCUGACCCGUCGCGAUACCUGGCCGUGUUUGGGCUCUCUUUACAUCGUUUUAAAGAGAGUUGGAGUUGACUGCAUUACAACUUAUCACUGAAGCCAGUAUAGAUUUGCUGAUGAAGACUGUUUCCUCUUUGUAAUAUUACGAGACCUUGAGACAAUUGUUAUUUCUGGCAAGUAUUAGAAGACCCAAAGGUCAAGAAUUAGCAUUCAUAGGAUUGGUUUUUGUAUUAACGAAAAUUUUUUCCUCAUUCUAGCAACCCAAAUCAAGUACUGCGGCUUCGUCAGUUGCGCUUAUAAACCCUGGUAUGUCAAGACCAGAAUUAAUUACUGUUACUAUUGUUUUGGAGGCUAGUCUCUGUUCCUGGCGGGAUUGAUAUAAUGCUUGGGAUACUUUCUCGACUAAGGAACCGCUACACGAAGUGAAGGGCGAGGCUGCGGAGGAGAACACCUCGGGAUUUCAGUUUGACUUGUUCCCUUCCUUCUCCGAGAAAAAAGCCCUCGGUUUUUCAAUUAAACUUUUUCCCGAUCUUCUCCGAGGGAAGAUCCAUCAGUAUUUCCUUUUGACUUGUUCUCAUCUUCUAGCGGCUCCAUCGCCAAACAAAAAUACAGCACUUUUUUGAUACAUUACAGCGCUCGCUCUCUCGCUAAUCCCUCCAGCUGUGCAGGCUAAUUGAGUGCUUGACAAACAGAAAGCGAAAGAGGCUUUUUGCUCGCCUGAAAAUUAGACAAGCAAUCUUUUACCUUGUUAAAUCAAUCUUUCUCUACACCUUUCAGAUGUUCAUGUGGAUCCGCAUCAACACAAAGGUAAUUUAUUAGAAAGCUCUUUAUGCCUUCAGGAAGCAAAUUAUCAAUUGGCUGUGUUUCGUCUAGCUCAAAGUUGAGAAGCUAAACAACAUUGAUAUUAUCUUGUAACAUAAGAAGGCUAUGCCACACAAUUAUGAAAUUGUUGGCAAAGAUCACGGAAAUGCGCAUCAUUUCGUGCGGUUGGGACUAAGGGAAAUCUGAGUCUCCUGAGGAAUUCGAAAAACAAGGCGCUCGGCCUCAUUCAUUCUUUAGAUUUUGUUCGUAAUAUCUGUCUCUGAGCCCUAAAAGUUAUCGGGACUUUCAAGAAACGGGGCCCCAGGGCUUGUUACUUGAAUUUCACUGAAUAUGACGUGCGCCCUGUGUACUGCUGUGGCAAAACUGUCCAGUGUGGUGAAAAAUAAAGCGAGGUGGUAAAUGUUAGCAUCAGUGAAAAAAAAAGAAACAAAACAAAGAAAACAACAACAACAAAAUGGAUGGGUUGACGAACGUUCAUGUACAAAGGGCCGCUACUGUGAAUCAGAAUUGUAAUUUGAAUAAACCUUUCCUUUCGUCCCUGUACGUUUUUGUCACUUCUGUUUUUUCUUUGUCUUUACAGUGUGCCCAGAAACAGAAGAAACCUUAUACACAGAUCAGUUCUUUGAGUCUCAGGACAUUGUAGUAAAUGCUUUGGACAAUGUAGAGGCUCGACGCUACAUGGAUAGGUCAGAAAUCACUUAAUCCGGUCUUUCUGUUUGACAGUCAAUUCUAGAUACUAUCACCUCCCCCACUUCUCCCCACGGAUCGACAAACUGCCGGAAUCCCCCUCGGUAUGAACCAAUUUCGCAGGGCUGUAUGGAAUUAAUGGGGUGUCGAGGCAUCAGACAUCCCUCUAAGCUAAACACCGUUCAAAGAGUAGCUGGCCAGUUUCGUCCCUGUUUUACUUAUGUACCUGUGGCUACUCUUUCUAUAAGGCUUGGAGCCUCCCUAAAAGUCCUUCAGAUACAUAAUCGUGCGUAGGAAUUCGUUUGGAUUUUCAUUCACCAAAGUUUUAUAAAAGACACCAAAUUAAAUAAUUGCUUCAACCUCAUUAGAAAAUUGCAUCGCCUUCCUCCGCAUUCAAUUUACCACCUCCCUCCAAACGACGUCGACCUUGACACCCCAUAACCUGCAUCGUUAUGAUUUGUUAUAGAUGUCUGAUUCCAGUAAGAAAACUGCAGGGAACUAAGCCUCAUAGUGACUACGCAGACAAAUGCCCAGCCAUAAGCUGUAACCUUGCAUUGACACCCUCUUCUAGUCAAAUGCAUGGGUUUGUACCUGUGAUGGAUGAUAGUUUAAUUGAACCUCACUCUUUGUUAUCCUGAUGGCUGAACCUUUCCCUCCCUUGCUCAUUUUUGGCGUACUCGAAAAAGGCUCUGCAUGAACCGAGUGAGAACUUUGUUGAGCAUGCGCUGCAUGUUGCUGGGAUACAGUUUCGAACCCAGGCCUAACAGCCGUGCACUUGGUACAGCGGGCUCAGUUAUGACCAGGCAUUUUUUAUUCAAUAAACGGAUGCUCGCACUCUUAAAACCAGUCGAAAGAGAGAGCAAGAUUAACUAGUCCAGAAGCCAAUUCAGGCAGAGCCUCGGCCUCGUUUUCUCCUACUCACUCAAGAAGACAAAAAAGGCUCUACUCGCACGAUGACUCAUCGGUACAUAACUUCCUGAACCUUGAUAGUGGCAAUCUACUCUUACAUUUUCUUGUAUUUUUUUUUUACCCACAGUCGGUGUGUGAGCACCCAGAGGGCCCUUUUGGAGUCAGGAACCAUGGGACCUAAGGGACAUGUUCAGGUAAGACGAUCUUUGGCUAAUGUACCAUUUUUGGGUUUUGCAGUACUCAUGGUAUUUAUUAUAGUUACACAAAUAAAGGUUGUUGCUGUUGUGUACAAUUUGUACUCUAAUUUAGUUUUUUUUACCUGUCGUGAAUCUUAUUAUUAUUUUUUACUCAGACUCAAUUAAAAAGAAAAAAGUAUGAUCUUUUCAGUUUCUGCGAGGUUAUUCAUCUACUAUGCUUAGUCCAGGUUCACCGAACGGGUACUUGACGUAUUGAAGCUUAAGUUUGAAUUUUUCCCUCUGGGUCGAAAAAGAAUUCGAUAAAGGAGCCUUAAGUGGUUUGGGUGUACUCGUUUUAGCUUAUUUAAGGUCCCUUUUCUUGUUGUUUAGCCUGAAGUUUUUGGAUGUGUAAAGGUGCGCUUCAGAGUACAUUUAGGUUCUGUUGUUUUGGUGAUAAAAAAUGAAAACGCUUUCAACCUGGCCUAUCGUAAUAGUUUAUAAAUAUUUUACAAUAGGUGAUUGUUCCUCAUCUCACAGAAUCGUAUGCUAGUCAGGUAAGAUAUCGUUAGAUUAUUGGUUAUAUCAUUUCACUAUGGCAAAUCAAGAAAACUGUUAAUAACAAUAAAAUAAUAAUAAAAUAUUUAUAUAGCGCUUAUACUUUUCAGUGCUAAAACUAAACUGUUCUGAAUCGGUCUGGAAAAGGUUGACAUGCGCUUCCAUUUUUCUUCUGUUGUAGUCGUUAGGUUUCACCAUUCUGGUCCAUCAAAACUUGUACGUAAUAGUGCAUUUCGUGUCUUCAGCCUGCGAUCGUUGAGUUGAAAAUAACGAAAAUGCUUUGCUUGUAGUAGAAGGUCCUUCAGCUAUAUUUAAGCUAUGGUUAACAACCACUCCACUCAAAUAGUCGAACAAAUGACUUAAAAUAACGUGAUUAAGUACACUAAACAGUUGGCUAUUUACAAGCUUGGUUGGGGACUAGAACUUGGGACUACCAAGAAACAAACUCCGAUAGUAUUGAGAGCAGAACUCGAGACCGGACCCUCAGAAUGUAUGUACGAGGCGCUCAUCAGUCGUCGAUAUGGCUUCCCUCCCAAAAAGACAAAGAGUUAUUGAUUUUUUUUAUUUGUAAUCAUUUUGUAUGUGUCUCUUUUCAAGCGCGACCCGCCAGAGGAAGACGUACCCCACUGUACACUCAAGUCAUUUCCAGCUGUUAUAGAGCACACAAUACAGUGGGCCAGGGAUAAGGUAAAGCUAUUAGAGAGGUUAAGCAUCAAGUUUACGUCAAACGGCAAAGGCGAAUUUGUUCCACGUGACCAAGUUUCCCCUUUACCUAUCAUUUACUGUUCAUUAUUUCUACACAUAAAUUAGUAGUCUCACGCAAUUUUUUAUCCACAAGAAUUAUUUUGAGCUGUUUUUAUCUGCUCAUAUUCUAUUUUGAGAAAUUCUCAACUCGAAUCUGACGUUUGUCGUUUGCCGUAUACGUGAACCUUGAACUCUUUAUUCGCCACUGUAGAAACGAGAAGGGGAGAAGAGCCGAAAUGUGUCCCGCAAUUGUUUUUGGGUUCAUUACUGGGGACCCGCCGGUCAGGUUUUGGCCAGUUUUUUUCCCUGCCCUCAGUAACAGUCCCAGAAGUCUUUGUAAGAAUUAACUCGGCCCAGUUUCCUUCUCGUUUCUAAAGUGGCGAAUUGAUACUCGUAAAGCUGUAAACCAAAGUAAUUUGUCCUCUGGCCAAUCACAUUACACGCGGUCAGUCCUAUGAACCAAUCAUUACUAAGAGCUAAUUCAUAUUCAUGUGGCUGGCAUCAAGCGCGGGAAAAUUACUGAAAAAUGCGGGAAAACGCGUGCAACCGAAUGGCGAUUGUCUUGGUGUUCACUUUUGAUUGGCGGAGAAAGUCGUACAGAGUGUUUUGUUAAACAGUCUCGAGGAAUAGGCAUGAGAAGUCAAAACAUUCUCAAAAUUAGGCAAUUUCUGAACUGCACCAAGCCUCUUCUUGAGUUCGAGGGUAAGAACGACGCGGUUGUUGUUUGACCUUAAAAAGGAAACACGCGAACAAAUCUUGAAAACUAAAAGUGCUAAGAGUAUAGAUGGUUUUCACAGUGACGUCAUCAAAUUGUAAAAUCAAAAUAACGAGGUUGUACAAAUUCUCAUUUACACUAGGUUGAAUUUAAACAAAAAGUAAAUCUUUGUACAAGUUUCCAUUGCCGUAGCAUGUUUCAUUUCGAAAUACAGCAAUUUGAACUUCCGAGUUUUUACAGUGCGGGACACCAAAAUGGAAAUGCUGUCUCGUUGAAAAAAAGUCUCUCCUCUUGAUUUUCAGCGGUAUAACUAUUUCAAGUAUUAGAAGAUAUGUUUAUGUGUACGUAUGCUAGUUCUCGAGUAAAAAGAAAGAGCUUUUAUAGAAAUAUUGAAUUCCAGAUGUUUUUGUUGAUUUCCGGCGGCCAUAUUGGUGCACCAAAACGGUGCACCAAUAUGGCGUUUCCAUACAAACCUCUACAAAGGUGCGUGAAACGUUUCGGCAAAUAACUCAGAAACUGCGGGCCACAAAGACCUGAGACUUGGACAAAUUGUUUAUAUAUUAGCCUUUUAUAGCAUUUAAUUUUCUUGGCUUCUUCUACUGGACAGUUUCCAAUUUAUUUUUUUGUUGCGUGACAGUGAAAACGAUCUAUAAGGAUAUGAUUGGUUGUGCGAACAGACUCAAAUGAGCAAGGUUUUUGGUUGAUUUAGCUAACAUGCAACGUGUCCCUAGCUGCAAAACGUUUACCGUAGAGUAAUUUCCGUAACUUUGUGCAACGGAAAUUGGGCUGCCGAUUGAACAGUCGAAGGAUGCUUAUUCCGUCUCAGUGUUUUCUUUGGCGGUAGAAUAUUUUGAACGUUUUUACUAUUGGCUGAUAGAGUAAACAACGAACACUUGUGGAAACCAUUUUUUAAGAUCAAAGGAAACUCGCUCUAUUUUAGAUAUCUUCAAAUGAAACCCUUUUUCACAUGAAAGGUUUUGCACCUGGCUUCGUUUUGAAAAAGUGAGGGUUUUGGAAACUGGGAAACGGCGUAUAAUUCAUGUCCGUUUGGAUAUGAGGAUUUUCUAACGGGCAAUUUUUAAGAACGUAAGUUUCCUAUCCUCUGUUGCUACCACUCUGGCAAGCUACUGCAAAAUAUUUUGGCCGUGUUUGUUUAUUAUAUGCUUUUAAGAAUCUAUUUUUUCAAUAUCUUUUAGUUUGAAAGUUCCUUUGCUCAGAAGCCCGGACUGUACAUGACAUUUUGGUCAACGAAUGGAUCUCCUGAAAAGCUUUUGGAAGUAAGUUGAACAUUAUUUUUUUACACGAUAAAAGUGUCUGUAGCUAGUAUUUAGCAUCGACUGUGGUUGUUUUCCCCCAAAGAAUUCACUUUGCGUUUCAUUUUAGCUUGUAAGAAUUUUUUAGCGCAACUGAUAUUCUCGCCAUUAAUCUCAAAAACAAAAACAAAAACAAAACAGAAAAACACAUCACCACAAAAAUAACCACAGUCUUGUCUGAUCAAGAGUCUGCACCUUAUUAAUUCUGGCAGUAAGCAGUUGAAACGUCGUGAUCUUUUAGCCUGCAUUUCAGACAUCCCCUCGAGUCCGAAACUCCUCUCAUUAUGCGACUCGAAGGGAUGUCUGAAAUACAGGUUGCGCGAUCUACAUCAAAAGUGACUACAAUCAUACUUUAUUUUUAUUAACAACAGACAACUCCUCAAAACGACGGCCCUAACUUAUUUCCUUAGUAAUCAGAAGAAGGUCAAAUUCAGCUUAGGCUGAUAUAAAUGGAGGCCCGCGGAACGAAUUUUUCAACGUAUAAUCAACUAAUUAAUUAACAUUUGACUAAAUAAAUGACUAAUUAAUUACGUGCAACCUAUGACUAAAUAUUGAAAUGAAUACACUAUAAAUGUCCUCACAGUUCAGUCAACUACUGCUGGACAUAUUCACAUCAACUGGUAACAGAAAUGCAGACUUAGACCCUUCUUAAAUCUCAGAAUAGAUGUUUCUUUAUUAAGUGAUCUAAUUUUCGCUACCUUACUUUUUAGUCUGAGCAUAGUUGUUUAAGUGGAAUGGUUAUGAAGCCCGUUAGACUCCUUUGUUACAUGUUUUUGUUAGCUUUCUUGGCCCUGACCGUGCACAAUGUUCAAUAGCAUUCCUAUUAUUUUGAACUUUCUUACCAAUGGAGACAUCGCAUUCAUUUAUUCAGUCACAAUUUAUGAACAAAAAACAAAGGUUUGUACAUGGUCAGGGAGCUUCCAACAUAAACUACAGCACCGUUGUUUUAAACUUUGAUGUUUGCCGGCUUUCAUAACCAGUCGCCUCUACUAACUAUGGUCUGAGGAAACAGCCGACAUUUCACGAAGCCACCAACGGUUUCCCCGCGAAAUGACGUCUGAAGGACGAGCGCAGAAAUUCUAUAUUGAUGACGUGUCACUACCCAGAUCUUGGUAGUGCUUCUGAUUGGCUGAAGCAAAUUUUAAACCAAUCAGAAGCACUGCACAGAUCUGGGUAGUGAAACGUUGUCAGCAUGGAAUUUCUGAGCUCGUUCCUCAGACUUGGCACAGAUUUCGCGGAGAAAACUGUUAGUGGCGUCGCGAAAUGUCGGUUGUUUUCUCAGGCUUCUUUCACCUUUUGCCUUUGACCUUUUCUUUCUUGUUUUCUUGUAGACACUUCAGUCUGGAAACGAGCCUGAAGGCGUGUACCGAGUUUUAAAAGUGUUUAAGCGGCGCCCUGUGGACUGGGCGGGCUGCGUCGCACAAAGCAGAAUAGACUUUGAAAAGUACUACAACCACAAGGUAACAACUAAGUGGGAAAGGCGGGAACACAAUACCAGAAGGCACUGUACAAAAUGGCGAGAAAUCAGUGUCGUUUCGUCAUUGGGGCCGGCCAUUUGACUUUUGAGGAGGGUAUUGGUAAUUUGGUUUGGGUAAGAAUUUUUUUUUCCUAAAUCCCUGGUGAUAGAUUUUUUUCCCGGGGCCAUGAAACGGAUGUUUCAGGCUGUCUAGUGGGAGAUGGGGGAGGUGUUAGGGUGAAGAGAAGGCGUUCACCUUAUACCUUUUACUUGUCAAUCUUUUCCAGGCCAAACAACUACUGCAUGCGUUUCCAUUGGACACUAGACUCAAGGACGGAUGUGAGUAUAUCAUGAUUCCCUGAAGGCAUAUCAGCCAUUUAUUUAGCCUUUCCGACAACCGUUUUUCCUCGCCAACUAGGCAGAUUUCGCAAAGACAACCCAACAUCCAAUGAUAACGCGAAAGCGGCGAAAGGGACUGAACACGACUUCGGGUGGUCAAUUUGCCACCCUGUCAUUGGUUAAGACGGUUUUUAGAUCUGCACGCGCCGUGGUCACUGUGUACCGCGUCGUCUUUCCUAAAUCUACCUAAAUAACUGCAGAAAUACGUCCGCCAUGCAUUCUUAUUCUCAAAAAUAUUUCUUCUUGUAGCACUUUUCUGGCAGAGCCCAAAGAGACCGCCCAUCCCACAGGAAUUUAGCAGUAAAAAUGAACUGUAAGUGUAUCUUAUUUCACACGCUGGUCUCCUUUGAUUUGCAGCAAAACACCUUAUGUUUAUCUCCGACAUUCUGUAAUUUGAGUGAUAUCGAAAACAACAGUAACAACAACAACAACAACAAACGAAACAAAAAACACGGUAGCAGUUUUCACGUGGUGUAAGGGACGGACCAUUAGAAAAGUUAUGGGGGGCGGGUGGGGAAUUUUCUAGUCGCAAAAAGUUUUUUCGUUAUCAAAUUCCUUGAAUGAACUCUUUUAAGGUCAUAGCAUGAAUAUUUUUAGGGUUAAUUGGCGUGCAUUAAUUUUCCCUUGCGCGAACAUUUUUUUUGUACUUCGCCCCCCCCUCAUAGGUUUUCUAAUGGUCCGUCCCUAAAUAAUUGUAAAACUAUAGCCUGCGAAUACAGCUCAGUCUUCUCUCCUCGCUCCUCACCGCUAGGGACAUUCUCCUGUGCAAUGGGCCCAAUGGGAAGUGAGAUGAGACGGCUGUAUUUGCAGGCUAGUUAAGUGCCAAGUGAAGCCAUUGUUGUACGUGUUCUCUCUGUUACUGCCAAAAACGGCAAGCAACAAAAAAAUAGAGGCUAGUUGUUACGACACAAGUUUAAAACACGAGGCACAGCAACUGCGAGUUUAUUGAACGGCUUAAAAUUUUUUUCUUCUAGAUUCAUGCAUUUCUCAAAUACAUCUUAUUUAAUUUAUUUCUCCCGAGAAAAUCAGAAAUAGAAACUCCAUCGUGUUUUAUCAGAUUUAAACACACGAGUUGAAAUUCUAAUUCCCUCUGUAUUCUCUUCAUGAAGUAUAAAUGCUUUUUUUAAUUCCAUUUUAGGCAUAUGCUUUUCGUGAAAAGUAGCAGCAAACUGUUUGCCGAUAUUUAUGGAAUCAAAUACACAAAAGAGGUUCGUCAUACUAAAGCUUGGUUCCUAAAUAAUCAUGUAAAUGAACCGAAUUCACCACUUUCGGAUUGUCCAUAAUAUACGUUCCCCCCCCCCCCCAAAUUUUGUAGUAAUCAAUUUCUCGUGGGACGACUAUAAUUUUGAAAAUACGAAACAUGUAUGCAAAAUUUGGGGAGGGGGGUAUAAACAAAGUGUAUUCAGUGGACAAUUCGAAAGUGUAUGUUAGGUCGUCUUAAAAUGUAUUCGGGCGUUAAAGACAAUCUUAUGGGAACAUCUCUAAUGCGAAACGGGACGAUCCGGACGAUUGCUGGGCGAUAGCAAUCACCUGGAUUGAACUUUGGUCUAUUUACAGGCUGGUUUUCAUAUAAUGGUUCUGAUCUUACCUGUAUCGCUCCAAUCGAAAAAAAUCUGUUCAGUCAAUUAAGGCGAUUAUAUGGACUGAAACACCUCUGAUGUAAUCACGGAUGAACCUGACUAUUGGGGUGCUCGUUUAUAUCCUGGAUAGGCAGAAGUCUAUGUAAAAACUAGUUGGAUCAUUAUACGUGUCUAGGAAACUGCCCACGUACCCCUCCACUAAGCCAACAUUUUGCCCUAAUUGGUAAGUAAGUGUUAAUGUUGGUUUAGGGGAGGGGCAGGGAGGGGCAGGGAGGGGUAGGUGGGCAGUCUUCCAGAAACGUUUAAUGAUUCGACUAGUUUCCAUUUAAUCGUGCGGUGGUCUCGAUUGCCCAAGUCGCCUCAACUCUCAAAAUGGGUUCAGAAAACAUCUGACGCAAUGAGGCUUCCGGGGGCAAUCGCUUGGAAAGAUGGAAGUCUUGUUUCCAUUUAAUCCUUCGUAUGGUCUCGAUCGUCACAAUUGGCCCGAAAAACUCCAGGCACUCGAGAUUACUCGGACGAUUCUAUGGAAACUAGACUCGAAUUCUCGUGUGAGUGUUCCAGUGAGAAGAAUAUCGUGUGUCAGUUGAAUUUCCCCUUUUCACCCUUGCGUUUUCUUGGAAUAUGUAAACGUGGAUCGUACUCAUUUCUUUAGCUGUUUACCCUGCGAGCUUUGGCUACAUUUUUGCGGUGUGAAUUGGCGCGCUAAAAGUUAGCCUGCGCGGGGCCCGUUCUCUCUUGCGCCUACUUUACGUUCAUGCAUCUGUUUCGUAGGCUAAUGUCUGGCUUGUGUUCAAAUCCAUCAACCGCAUGAAACCAAUUAACCUAUUAUCAGAAUAAAAACUCGUGCAACUGAAAUUCUCUAGUUCUCGAAAUGCCAACGGGAUCACUUACUCCUGCCUUUGGCCAAAAUAUCUUAAUGUAAAGGUAGUUUUAGGUAUCGUGGCGCAAAAAGACACUUGAAACACCUCUGGCGGUCCAUCCGAGAAUGCUCAUGAAGUUUUCCAUUUCUUCAAACAGGAUUUGACUGAUAAUAGCAUUGUUAAAACACUUGAGAGUAUACAAGUUCCAGUGUUCAAACCAAGCUCAAAGGUAGGUAAUCUUACUUCUAUACACUCGUAGAUUGUACCUAGAAAGACAGGGUAUUGGUUGUGUGAGGGUCAAUCAGUGGCAAAAGUAGUUGACAUUUUUGUCUAAAACGCGCGCUUUUAUCAACAGUUUCAUUUAUGCAUCAUACAAGUCUGUUUAAACGCUGUAGUCACUCAGUUCCGAAUCAAUGUUGUUUGAAGUUGAACAAAGACGUGAUGGUUUAAAAUGCAACAUUGGUUUGGGGGGAGGGGUGGUGGUACACUGACACGGGGGAGGGGAUAGAUAUGUCUACUAUGCAAAAAGGGGUCGUUUUAUGGAAGUGCCUCAACACUUGUCCCUUAUUUCGGUUACAAGGAAACUCUUACUGGUUAGUAUAUUGCGGGUGCGAUCGUUUUCGAACCGCACCCUUUUUCAUUUGUCAAAUACUGUUUAAAAAGCGAGUAGGAGUGUAUUAUCAGGUUCAAAUACUCGAGGCGAACGGCUUCAAAAUCUCUGAUAUAGAUCAACUCAUUCUUGCACUAAUAUUUAUAUUCGGCGUUACUUUGGUCUUAAAAAAUUGGACGUAAAGUUUAGCCGUGUCUCUAUCAGAUAUAAAGACACUCCGUAAACAGAUCAGAAUUUUUUUUGUUUUUUCGUUUUGAAGUUUUAGCGGCUCGUUUAUUUGACUUCAAAUACACACUACACUAAUCAACAUGUACUUGUCACAAUUUUGUGUCCUCCACGAUCUGUUCGAAAGCCAGCUGUCUAUAAAAUCCUUCGGUUCGCAAUGUUAGCGGUUGUGUCAUAACUACAUUUCUAUUUUAUGUCUUCCUUCGUUAAUCUCGGGUCUCACUGGCUGUCUUCAGAAACAACUCCAGCAGAGCGCUUGACGAAACUUAGGAAGUCGUAGCACGUACACCACUGGAUUGAUAAAAAAGUGAGAAGAGCUGAUGACUACAAAAAUGUAAUAUGUAUUGAGAGACAUGGAAAUCUCUUUAACCGAGUAUAAGUAGUUCACGAUGAUUAAAGGUAACCACGUGAUGAAAGGAAAAAUCGACACAAACAACAAGGUGUUUGUUAAGCGUUGGUUUUGAAUGGCUCUGUUUGGCAAAUGUGAAGAUGGAUUACUGCGCCCUUGAACCUUCCUCCAAAUGGCGAUGUUGCAGCCGGAAAGGAUAAACAAUAGCGUGAAGGUGUAUAAAGUCCAGAAAUAAAUGGCAAGUUUGUGAGAAGUCAUGUCAUAUGAAAGAUUUACAAGCAGGGAAAUAACGGCAGCCACUGUCCAAACUAUAAAAAUAGCGAUACGAUAAACUCGUAUGGACAAUGUUCUGUGUUUCAGUGGCCAGUAAACAGCGUACAGCCUCUCAAAUGAUAUCGAGGCUACAGAUAUUAGCGAGGCCUGAGAGAAAAUGACGUCGACAAUUGCGAAGGAAAUGUGCCAAGUUAUCUCUACCUUAGCAUCCCAUAACCCAAACUGAUUUCCUACGUAAAAGUAAAUGUAACUUGGUAGUGACAGAGCUCCUAUCAUUAGGUCUGCACACGCCAUACUGAAGACAAAAAACAAGCAUCUUUUACGAAGCUUCUUGGUCACCGCGAAAAGGAAAAGUGAGAGCACGUUCGAUGCUACUAUUAAAGCAGCCUCAGUUGCCAACACGCUGCAAAAUGCCACUCCUUCGACCUUCGAAGGAAACAAUUUGUCUGAAGACGCCGAAGAUGAGUUGUCUGGGCGAAUGAUAGCUGAAGUGUUGUUCAUUUCUUGGUUUAACGUUAACACCCAUAAACUUUUUAUAAGGAGAACUGUAAAGAAUAAAUUACGUAUAAACCACAAGCGCUAACUGACACCACACUCACAACUAAUAAGAAAACCAUCUGCGUCUAUUUUUCAAUACAGAGUAUUUCCCUAAAAUGAUUAAUUUAGGUCGGCGUCGCUAAUCAUCUCUCAGUAUCCCGCUAUUCGUGUUUUAACGUUGCUGCAAAAAUUACCAUAUAAAGUAUUUUGAUGGUCUCACAAUUGUCACAUUUUUGCUUGGGUCUUUUGGAAGAUUCAUUUUUUCUAUUAUUUCUUGUGUUUAAAGUCCAGUCUUUUGGCUUACUUACGAAUCGUUUUUGGCUACUGACCGUUUUCAAAGUCUAUCCGUUCUUUGAGCCUUCGAAAACUAUUUGAUCCAUGUGAAAUUCUUCGUCCAGAUUUGUUUGUCGUUAAUCGCCAUUUUAGAUCAUGCACAGACGUCAUACCGUCCAUCGGGAAAUUAACGGGAAGCUCAAAAGCCCGAAUAGAGUCGCAUUAUUGCUGUUUUAUUAAUACAGAGAUUAAGAGUCACAUUUAUCUCAAACGGCAAACGUGAAUUUGUACCACGUGACUAAGUUUCCCCCUUAAUUGUCGUUUACUGUUUAUUACUUCUACACAAAAAUAAGUAGUUUCACGCCAGUUUUAUCCAUAUUAAUUGUAAAACAGUUUUUAUCUGCUCAUUUUCUAUUCUAAGAAAUUCUCAACUUCAAACUGACGUUGCCUUUUGUCGUUGAACGUGACUCUUAGGCGUUUUCCUUUCAACACAAAAUUCCGGAAAGUUCGGUUGGUACAUCAGAUGGAACAGUUUGGUCCGACCGGAAUAUCCGGGACCAGCUUUGAAGGUGGUCUACUUUGACCGGUCUGGUCAUCUCGGUCGGUGGGACCGAAAUGUCCCUUUCCAUUUGACAAAAUUUUUGUCCCCAGUACUCCUCUUUUGUAUCAUACAAACGUGAACGUGGAUGAUGAUGAUGAUGAUGAUGAUGAGGAGGAGGAGGAGGAGGAGGAGGAGGAGGAGGAGGAGGAGGACGUAGUUCUUGGAAAAGUGUAGACCAUGUAGCUUUUGCAGCACAGUUUCCUAGGCGACCGAAUGCUUUGGAAUAGUCAGCUAACACAGCCAUAUUAACUUCUCCUUGUUGCAUAGCCGGAAGGAUGUCAUCCCUCGUAGCUAGUGGCACUGUGCUGGUAUUGUGUCCUUUCCUGUAAGCGCUUAGGGUUUCUUUAAGAACUUCCCCCGAAGAAUGUGAUAGAACAUCAGCCUUCUGACUUCUUCUGGCGAUCUGCUGCCAUGUUGACAAAUUUAAACGGGAGAUUGUCCGGCCCGCAAUAGCAAUCUGAUCGCAAUUUCUUUGUCUCCUGUAAACCACUGAACAGGAGAUCGGCCGUAGAUGGAAGGAAGUAUCACCGUCCUCGGGAAAAGAGUUAAUCAACUAAAGAAGAGCUUCAGCUGAUUUUAAAGUGGCGCCAAUGGAUCGCUCCGGGAUAGACGCAAAGUAGGUAUUCAACUCGGUAGGGUCGAAAGUUCGCGGAUGCGGCCUGGGGUGUAGAAUUCUAUGGAUGACUUGCCACACCUGUUUUGGUGUCGUAGGCGAAAGUGCUUUGUGUUAAAAGUUGCUCUUGGUUGGAUUCCCCAUUCUGUAGCCAAAAAUUCAGUGCGGAAUCUGGAUUUCCUUGUAUGGGGCGAUUCUUUGAGCUCUUAAUGGUUCAUUGAAAUUUUAAAUUCUGCUAGUACGUUGUAACUGGUCAAGGUAAUAAGUUAAUAAGUAAUAAGUAAUAAGUUUAAAUUGUAAGUUUUGCGAGCGUUGCGCAAUUCAAAUGUAAUAAUUUAAGGUUCAUUCCCGGAGUAUGGUUGCUGCACUUGCCGACGAGAUGCCAGCUGAUAACACUCGUGUUCUUAUCAACAUGUACUUGCCACAAUUUCGUGUCUUCUACGAUCUGUUCGAAAGCCAGCUGUCGAUUAAAGCCUUCGGUUCGCAAUGUUAACGGUUGUGUCGUAAUGCCAUCUCUAUUAUGUCUUCCGUCGUUAACUUCCCUUAAUGGCUGUCGUCUAAAACAGCACCAGCCGAACGCGUGGCGAAACUCAGGAAUUCGUAGCACGUACACCACUGGGUUGAUAAAAUAGUGAGAAGAAUUGAUAAUAACAAAAAUGUAAUAUGUAUUGAGAGACAUGGAAACAACUUCAAGCGAGUAGAAGUAGUUGACGAUGAUCAAAGGCAACCACGUCAGCAAAGGAAAAAUCGACACAAACAACAAGGUGUUUGUUAAACGUUGGUUUUGAAUGGCUCUGUUUUGCAAAUGUGAAGCUGGAUUACUGCGCCGUUGAACCUUCCUCCAAAUGGCGAUGUUGCAGCCGCAGAGGAUUAACAGUAGCGUGAAGGCAUAUGAAAUCCAAAAAUGAAUGGAAACCUUGUGAGAAAUUAUGAAAUAUGAAAGGUUGACGAGCGCGGAAAUAAGGGCAGCCAGCGACCAAACUAUAAAAAUAGCCAGGCGAUAAAGUCGCACCGACAAUGUUCGGUGUUUCAGUGGCCAGUAAACAGCGUACAGCCUCUCAAAUGAUAUCGAGGCUGCAGAUAUUAGCGAGGCCUGAGAGAAAAUGACUUCAACGGCAACGAAGAAUAUGUCCAAAGAUAGUUCUACGUUUGCUUCCCACAACAUAAACUGAUCUCCCACGUAAAGGUAAAUGUAACCCGGUAGCGACAGAGUUCCUAUCAUCAAGUCAGCACACGCCAUACUGCAGACUAGAAACAAGCUCCUCUUACGAAGCUUCUUCGUCACCGCGAAUAGGAAAAGUGUGAGUAAGUUUGAUGCGACUAUUAAAGCAGCCUCUGUCGCCAAAACGCUGCAAAAUGCCACUCCUUCGACCUUUGAAGGGAACAACUCGACUGGAGAUGUUGGAGAUGAGUUGUUUGGGCGAAUGGUCGCUGAGGUGUUGUUCAUUUCUUGGUUUAACGUUAACACCAUUAAGGAGAACUGUAAGGAAUAAACCACAAGUGCUGAUAGACACCACACGCAGAACUAAUAAGAAAACUCCAUCUGCGUCGCGUUUUCAAUUUGUUUUUCUCGAAAUGACAGUUAUUGUAAUUAGGUUUUCUCCUAUGGACUUUCGUUAUGUUCAUGAACAAUAAAUAGUGUUUAAAGUUGACAGAAUUAUUCUUAGAGUGCGUAGUUUACCAUAAAAAAAGAAAAGAAAAAAGAAAAAGAAAACAGGUCUUACGGGGAUAGCCCCUUCAUUAGUGUGUUAACACGAGUCCGUUACCAAAUGGAUGGGAUCCGAUACUUGUUUGGGAGCGAACCAUUUUCGUCCACAUUGGACCGUUCCAUUAGGAGGGUCUGUUCACACAGGAUCGGUUUGACUUUUUAGUACGCGAAUGGAUCAAAAUGAGUAAAGCGCCAGUUUCUACUGGCGCAGAAUACACGUUUCCAGAUUUCACCUUGGCCGCUGAUGAUAACAAAUUUAUCAAAUCAGAUAAGUCGUACAGCUGGACGCACAAUCCAUUAUCUCCUCUCCUGAAAAUUAUAGCAGAUUACAAAGCCGAUAAGACUCCAAACGAAAAAGAUCGGGAAAGAGUGAAGGAGUUGAAAUAUGGAGAUAUUAUUGUACAGUUUCAGUUUUCGUCAAAAUAUGGCACUGAGCACGAAAAAUUUAGUACUUAGGAAUUCUAAAUUUCGCUGGCCUGGUAGUAGCGCGAAAUAAACCAGUCAAGGUGUUUACUCGGUGCCAGACCCAUUUGGAGUCGGAACGGUUCCAAAAUAGAACCCGCUUUUUUGCAGGUCCAAAAAUCGGAUCCUAUUGGGAACGGAUAAACAAAAGGCGUAUUAGUCUCGGUUCUUUUUGGAUCGGAUCCAUUUGGAAUCAGCUCUGUCUUAAUAUAGCUUUCAAGGGCCUGUUCGAUUGACCGUAUUCCGCAAUAAGAAUAAAUUGAAUAAACUCUACAAUUAAUUUGUUUUGGCUUUCAUUGUUUUGCAAUAUUUAUAAAAAAAUUCUGAUCUAUGUUAAGCUUAAAUGGUUGAAAAUCACGGUAGAAGAGAAUUGUAACAAAACUCGGGCGCAUUUUCUUAUUCUGGAAUAAGAUUAAUCGAACGCACCCUAAGUAGAGCCCCCCCCCCCCCAAAAAAAAAAAAAAAAAAAAAACUUCCACCCCGUUUCUCUUUCUUUUUUUUUUUUUUAUAAAAAAAUUCUCCCCUUCUUUUUUUUUUUUUUUUUUUUUUUUUUUUUUUUUUUUUUUUCUUAAUAUUUUUUUUUUUAUAUUAUAUUAAUAUAAUUUUAUUAUAUUUCUUUCUUUUUUUUUCUUUUAUUAUUAAUUANCAUAAAUUACAAUUUAAAAUAUCAUUCUUGACACUCAUAACGUCACAUUUUCUUCCAGGGUCAUUUUGUCAACAGUACUUUUUUCUACUAACCCUAAUGGGUCAGGUCCGGUCUUACGGAUUUUGUUUUGGUCUAACUGAGAGCCUAGCCUGAUUCUCAGACGUCCGAGGUCGCUUCGAAAGGGACCGCGAACGACCUCGGACGUCUGAGAAUCAGGCUAACUGAGAGCCCUAAAAAGAAAAUGUUCACUCCAUAAAGGCCACUAAUAUGGUAUUUUAAAAUGUACGAAUGAAAAGAUGGGAAUGUUCAUUCACGCAAGUGCUGCACGAAAAUCAACAGAAUGAAUGAGCGGAUUCUUCCUAACAAACCAGUCAAUUUUGUUGUGUUAAUUGAUAAUUUCAUCAGAUAUUCUGCAAAAAUGUAGUAAACACGCGAUCUUGACUGUAAACUCAGCAAACGGAGUGCACCUUUGCGUGCUCGGUAAUUACCGGGACUUCCGGGGGUGGGUGUACUCAACAAAGUUUCAUUCGGGAAGGCUCUGCCCCAAGGUCCAACCCCUUACCUUUUCAUAUACCGUCUUUGAUAGAAAAUGUACCCUUUUCGUUUACCAUCUAUUGGUGACCCUUUUACAUAACUAGUUAAGAACUUUACAUUACCCUCUAAUACUGUAAAUGACUGUAUUAUGAAUAUGAAUAAAUCACAAAACCAAAAGGUUUUCUCGACCACUUUACAGCCAUCAAAAGCAUCUUUUAGCUCUUUUGGGCCUUUUUACAGACCGAAGUGACUGAUUUCUCUACCCUUUCAAAUACCUGAAACCUGAAAAUGAUACUCCCUUCGGGCGGAGCCUCCCCGACUAUCCAUUAUAGGGAAUACCACCCCCGCCCCCACCCCCUCGGCUGGGACUUUUGAGAAACAGGCAUCCUGUAUAUUUGACUGGAUUAUUUUCGUUUCCUGUGAUGGGGUUUAAGACGCUUAAAUAAAUAAAUUCUAAUGUUGCUUUACUUUUCAGGAAAUUGAAACCGAUGAAACAGCCCAAAAAUCCGCUCAAGCACCUUCUUUUGACGUAAAUAAUUUAAUAGCAGUUCUCAAAGCUUUAAUAGCAAGCGGAAUCAAAUCUAGCACAGGUAGGGAAUAACACAGUUUUUUUUAUGAUAUUUACUUAUCGUUUCUUAUAUCCUACUGCCACAUUUCAGCUUUGUUGUAACUUCAAACAUAAAUAGUAGCAAGUUUUAUCGAUUGUAAUUUUUUUUUAAAAAUAAUGUAUAAUUUUAACAUAAUCUCAAGUGGAUAUUAAACUGGCGAAAGGGAUCACUCGGCGUCCCUCUACGAGAACAACAUUUUUUACUAUUUGUGUUGUGCAACAAGUAUUCCCUUUUUUUUUUUUUUUUUUUUUUUUUUAUUUUUUUUUUUUUUUUUUUUUUUUUUUUUUUUUUUUUUCAAUUUAUUUUAAUUCAUUUGCUAUUCCAAAGUACAACAAUUACAACAAUUACAAUUAUUAUCACAAAGCAUACAUGCACAAACUUACUACACACCUAAGCACACGUGCAAUUCCACAAUUACACACAAGGUAAUGCCUACUGUUAUUAACAAGUGCUAUUCAAAAAAGAAGAAACUAAUCAUUUUUUCAAAAGAAGAAAAACUACCUAGAUUACAAAGUCCAUUUGUCCAUUAAUUUUUGUAAAUUCUUAUUCUUAGUGAAAAUAUAUUUUUCUAUUUCAUAUUUACCGUUUAUUCUAACUAUAAAACUGUUUAUGGUUGGGAGUAGUUCAUUCCUUCUGCAACUCCAUAAAUAUAUUUUCCCUAUAAGUAUCAGAUAAUUAAGCAAGGGGCAUUCAGAAGAUAAAAAGCCGAUCCAAAUUUCCUUUAAUGUUAGGUGAACUAGUUGUUUUCGCAACCCAAAAUAAUAUGAUUCAACACAUUUCCAAAAUGAAUUCAAAUAAGGGCAAUCCCAAAAGAAAUGUCUAAUAGUUUCUGAUUCCCUUUUGCAAAAAGAGCACAAGUUGUCUGUCCUGUACCCAAUCUUGAACAACUUUGAGUUGGUAAAAAGUAUAGAAUUAAGUAUUUUAAAUUGAAAGGCUUUGACAUAAGGUUCAAACGCGAUAGAAUGGGGCAAGAGAAAUGCCUUUCUGAGAUCGUCAUUAGAUAGAUUAAAAUCCAACUUCAGUUUUUGUGCAUAAUUUGGGAGACAAGCCUUCUUUUUGAUCAAAAAAGGAUAAUAAUCUUUUGAUUUCUUUUUUGCUAUGUCGAAAACGCCGCCAUUGAUUUUAAAGGAAGGUAUUGCAUUAAAGGUACUCGAAUCCGAGCGAUUAAGAACUCUUAAGUUAGUUGGUAUUGAAUGUCUCAUACUAGUCCAUUCAAGGAAGUUUGUCUUUUUAACAUUUUUUGCAAUCUGUUCGUAGGAUUCCUAUUGCUGAGAUCAAAAUGUAGGUUUCCUAUUUCCCAGAUACCAAUGUCGUAAUAUUUCUUGUAGAAAAAGGGCUUGUCGUCUAUUCUAAAGUCUCGAUUAUUCCAAAUUACAUAAUGCCAAUCGUUAUUAAGAGCAUUAUCUUCUCGGAGUUCCGACCUUUGUUCUUCCGAUAGUUUUGGAAUAUUUAAACUAUUUAGAAAUGCCUCUAUGGAAUCCGUAGCCUCUACAGAGUCCUUAGUUUUGUAUAGGUUUUGAUAAAAUCGUUUUUGUUCGGCGAGUAUCCGAUACGGGUCUGUAGUUAUUGAACCACUUAUUAACAAUUUUCGGAUAUGUUUUUUGACAUGGUUUCUCUUUUCUAGAUUUAAAAAGUAUUUAGUACUCCUUUCACCAUACUCAUGCCAACGUGCUCUUGCCCGUAUGACGAUUCCUUUUACUUUUUCCUCAUAGAAAAGUUCUAAUUUUUCUUUGAUUUCAUCUAAUCACAAUCUAUUUGAGGCACUAGGGUCAUUUUCAAACAGCCUGUUAGCAUCUUUAAGUUCUUGUUGAAUCCGCUGCUCUUUCUCAUAUUUAAGUUUGGCUUUUUCUUUGGAGUAGCUAAUGGCGUGCAAUCUAAUAUUGUAUGUGUGCAACAAGUAUUGCUACUCUAUCGCCUCCCUUUCCUCUAAAUUGAAAGGACUUCUUACCCUUUUUUAUUUUUCUAUUUUUCUUACUUUUUUUUCUCUUUACGUUUCGGAUAUAACAAUGCCUAACGUGUUUCAUAUCCUCCUUAGAUGUGUUACCGAUGUUUCCGCAAGAAUUUGAGAAAGACGAUGAUUCGAAUGGCCACAUCGACUUCAUCACCUCUGCUUCAGUAAGAUUACAGUAAUAUAACACCCCUAUCAGACAUGUUCUAACCCUUCCCGCCCCCACCCCUUGGAAUACAUUUUUUCAGUAUGUAGCUCAGCGGUACCACUUUACUUAGGCCCCGUCCACACUUAUCCGGAUAUUUUUUCCGUUUUAGCCUUCCGUCCACACGGUUUCGGCGGUGGUGGGCAACGAAAACGCAGGUUUUUGAAAACGGUUGCCAGAGUGGAGGUUUUUGAAAAUGCCGGCUUAUAAGGAAGUGUUGGAAUACGAUGAUGCCAUACAUAAUUUAGACUUUCUCAAAGUCCUUCGCUUUCGUUUCCGGUUCCGGUAGUAGACUCCAGCGCGAAGGACGAGCUCCCGCUCUCUCGCUCGCCUUGCCACCUUAAACAAUAAUUACUAGCUCGAGCUUUGCGCUCGUGAAAAAUUUUGAGCUCGACUUAUAGGCAAGUCUAUACAUAAUACAGCCCAUUGAAGAUUCUCUGUAAGGGAUGCUAUCGUUUUUCCACUGUUUUAGCGUUUUCUUGUGGACGGGCGAUACGAUUCGAAUCGCGUGGACACGUUUUUUACCAUCGAAAUUGGAUGAAAACAUUGUCCUUUUCAGAAGCAUCUGGAUCCAUGUGGACGAGUCCUUAACGAAUGAAAUGGUUCUACCUCGCCUACCUCUUUUGUUUUUGUUUUAUCUCUAUGGUUCGCUGGUCUUAAAACUAAAUGAUGUGAGCGAGAAGCAGGGGCGUACUUAUAAAGCAAGUUGCCUUUUCUCAAGACGAUAAGACUAAACUUAUUUUAGCCCUCGAGUUUUAGCAAGUAGAAUGAAAAUCUGAUUCUUUUCUACCCUUUUCGAGAACUUCAUGUUUUACCACUUAGUGAACAUUAAAGAAAUUAUCCCGAUACAUUGUGUAGUACCCUUCUUAAUCAAGAUACCUUCUCGAUUGUUCACUACAGAAUCUCCGUGCUACUAUGUACAGUAUAGAGAACGCAGACAGGUUAAAAACCAAGAAAAUCGCUGGCAAAAUAGUUCCUGCUAUCGCUACAACAACUGCAGCUGUAGCUGGUUUGGUGAGAUUCUCUUGUGGAGAUUAUUUUAACUCUUUCAAUUUGUCUACUGUAGACUAAUUUUGUUAAAUUUGAUUGCUAAGCCAAUGCUGUCGGUUUACAAUGGAACCUCCAUAUAACGAAGGGCCAAGGGACUGGCAAAAUGUGUUCGACAUAACGAAGUUCGUUAUAUCGAGGUUCUUUGUCAUACAUUUUACUAUCGCUGGGGUAAUGAAAAUCGUUCGUUAUAUCGAGGUUCCAAAGUACUUUCUUCUUCCCAAACGGGUUCGAGGUGUUUGCACCUUAUCCCUAAACGGCUGGAUUUCUUUUGCUGUUAAGAGCGUUUUUACGUAAUUUGCUGUGUGCGCGGUAUUUGAAAGCUUUUGCUGAAACGCGAAAAUUCAAAGUGGGAAGUAGCCUGUUCCAGGCUCUCAGAUAGUGGGGAAGACGCAAAAGAAAAAGGCACGCGAAAAGUUGGCGGGGCGGGAAAAAGGAAAAAGGGGCGGGAAAAAGGAAACGGAAGUUUCCUCCCGUUUUAUUUUCGUGUUUGCGCUUUCUCAAUUCAGCGGAACCGACUAUCUCGGAGCCUGGAACAGGCUAAGUGGGAAGCCAAUUGAAAACAUUUUCGGUACUACCUUUCAGGCUAUAGAGCGUUUGGAGCAUUAUACGUUUCUGGGAAACUGCCCCCUACCCCUCUCCUAAGCCAACAUUUUGCCCCAAGUGAGAAGUAAGUGUUAAUGUUGGCUUAAGGGAGGGGUAGGUGGGUAGUUUCCCAGAAACGUAUAAUUAUCCGAACGUUGUUACAUGACGUCACGUCCGCCUUAUUUGCGUUCUAAAACAAUAAAACGGCAGUCAUAUUGGUGUUCCAAACCAGUCCUAUUGGAGUUGAACCUCUUUGUUGUGGAAAAACUUUCUUUUGUUCCAUUAAAUUUGCAUAAAUGCUGGCCAAUUGAGCAAAUCUUAAUACUCUACCCUUGUACAAUACUUUCGGUAUUAAUUUUUGUCCCUGUCAUAGGUCACCAUUGAACUCAUCAAAGUAGUGAUGAAGAGUCCAGCUGAGGACUACAAGAAUUGUUUCAUGAAUUUGGCGCUUCCUUACGUCAUCUUCUCACAACCAGGCCCCCCUGAGGUAACAGUCAUAAGGUAAGCAGAUCACUUGUCAUUCGAGGGAACUCAGUGUCAAUUGAGAAGUGGUGGUUUAAAGUGAGAGUUAAAAUCGAGACAUUUUUUGAAGAUUUGUUUUAGCAUUUUGCAAUAAACAACUACUGAACUUCGUUUGAGUAACAGUCCAAAAUCAUGAUUAGCUAAAUGUGCAAUCCUUUUACUUCUAAACGCGCAUUAAACGAGUACGGACCUUAAUGGCACUUCAUUUGCACAUUCCACUUAAAAAAUGACCGAUGUUCAUGAGAAAAAGAUUUUGGUGAUGUUGAGAUAACAUUUACGUAGUUGAGAGAAAAACAUUCAGGCGAUUCAUGCCUCGUUUGGCUUCUCGAGUUUUUUCUUUUGGUUCGUCCCUCUAUUAGUCUAUCAGCCCGGAUGUCCUGUGGGUGAUAAAAGUUUACUUAUUGUGUUGUAAAGAAAAAAAAAACAAUAACAAGUGAAAUUUAGCUCUCUCUUUUGUUUUCCCUGAAGGAAGGGACUCUCUUUCUCAAACUGGGAUAAAUGGGUGGUACAAGGAACUCCAGAUUUUAAACUGAAGGACUUAAUGAGCUUCUUCAAGGUAGGUGUUUAGUAUUGUAAGCAAAGAUCCGAUGUAGUGUGAACAUUAGUCUGCUACACAGCCGUUUUUAGUGUCGUCACGCAACUCUCCUUUGUGGGGAGGAGCAUUGCGUGACGACACUAAAAACGGCUGUGUAGCAGACUAUGUGAACAUAGCCUAAGGUACAGUGAACACAGUGUGAGGCUGUGUUUACACUAUACCAGGCAACUUUUACGCCGGCACGAAAACCGUACUGGAUAGGACUUCUGUUCGCACAUAACAACGGUGAUUUCGGCGCGAUUUCUGUCAAAGAACAAAGCUGCACAUGGCACUAUGAUACACUAGGGAAACUUCGUUUUUAGUCGUAAAUAUCGUUUUCUUUGAUUGUCGUCAAUUAUGAAUAGAUUUGAGAACAAACGUUGAAUCGUUUCGGCGGUUCGUAUUAAGCGUGCCAGGAGAGGUCAUGUGUUGUGAUCUUUCUUUUAUUUUUCCCUGCUGCACAGGAAAAGUAUGGAUUGCAGGUGUCUAUUGUAGUACAUGGUGUGAAGAUCGUGUAUGUGCCUUUACUACCGGGGCAUUCUAAAAAACUGGACCAAAAGUAAGUGUUACCUGAUUCUUCACUUGUUAACCAGUAAAACUAUUGGGACCUUCAUAGCUCGGUCAAACCUGGACCCCACUGUAACUCGCAACUUCAUGGAGCGAGACUCGCCUUUCUCUAGCCCAACCUUUCACAGACUUCGCGCGGACAACUGAGUAGCUUGUUCCAGACGUUCUGUUGGUGGAGUGCGAGAGAGUAAGAGAGCGGGAAAAAGUAAGGAGGAAGAGAGGUAAAGAGGAGAAAACGCCUGUGAGAUUAGUUUUCAAAAGGUAAUUCCGCCCACUUUGUCGGCUAGUAAUCCGACCUUAGUUUCCGGUGUUAACAGUUGUCGAUCAAGCAACGGUUGACAGACCACACUGUUUACUGAAUUAUGUAAAAUGUACUACCUCGCUCUCACCCCCUAGUCCACCCCCUCGCCGUUUUUUCCUGCUCACAUCUCUUUGGCGCCGUCCCCACGAUCUGAACGCCUGGAACAGGCUAACAAUUGAGCAAGAGAAUUGCCUAGGGAGUAGGUUGCCGUUGUGGGAUUGGAUUGUCACCUGGCUGUGUAGGGGUGGUUUUCAUGUCUUAAUGACCCACAGAGUAGCCUGUGUUGCAGACUUAUCCAACCUCGGUUAGUAACGUUUGCGAAGCAGUGCUAAGAAUCUUGUUCUGCGCCCUAACGCACUCCACGAAUUACCAGAAGUGCGUUUUGAAUUUCCCUUUAUCCUAUUGGCCAGUCGAACAAUGGCUUUUUUCAAAUAGGCCAACCAUAGUAUGUUCUCAAUUCCUGGUACACAGCAGGGGGUCCAGGAUAAGGAUUUCGGCGCUGGAUCGCAGGUGGACUUAUCCAGAGUUUUAGUUUCGUGUGUGGCGCAGACUACCAAGUGCUCCACGUUGGCUGAAGUAGGGCCAGCCGUGCCGGUCUGCUAGACGAAGAAAAGGGUAGAGGCUGAAAAGAGUAAUUCCCGUAUACUCCAAGUUGGAGUUAGGAGUUUCAGUCGCGGCAACAUUUCCGCACGAUCUUAAGCGAGAAAAAUAUAAUUUCUUCGUUGGUUGCUUAGCGUAAUAGCUUCUAUCUCGAUUUUGUAAAAGGCAAGCAAUAGUGCUUUUCUGCGAUCGAAGCACAUUGAUUAUAUUUAAUGUACUUUGCAAUUACCUAUUCACAGGAUGAGCAAAUUAAUAAAGACCUCUGGCAAAGCCUAUGUCGACCUCACCGUGUCCUUUGAGGGUGACGGCAACGACGAAGACGAUCUGCCAGGACCUCCCGUGCGGUACUAUUUUGGGUCCUAAAUGAACAAGCCGCUUAAAGAAAUCGCCUCUGAACACUCAACAAUGCGGUGCCUCAUGGAAGGCUGUAACUGAUACUGGCCGCAAACAAGAACACUUCUUGUUCUUUCUGGGUGUAAAUUAUCGCUAGAAACGCUUACGUUCGAAAGAACGACUACGAGUACGAUUACGAUAUUUCAAAAUAGGCACCGUGAAAAGCUAUAUUUUAUUUUAUUUUAUUUUUCACCAGAGAAAUUAAGGAGAGUUAUUUGUUGUGAAGGCCGAUGAGCCCUCUCCUGAUCCGGUAACCGAAUUUCUAACAUUCGAUGACUUGUUACAGCAACUUCGAAAUUCUCGCUAAAAUCCCUAGUAGAAUGACGACGGCUGUCGCGUUUUCCGCCCGAAAUAAUGCUGGUUCACUACUUACUGUCGAACCUCCCGUAAGCGACCACCAAAAAUGCGACGAUGUGGUGGUCGCCUAUGGGAGGUGGUCGCUUACCAGAGUCGAACCGCAGAAGGUCUUUACGGAGUAGAGGUCCCGACACUUCUACUCUUUGGAAAAGAAUUUACUGUACGCAAUUUCAAAGUUACGGUAUGUGUAGUUCUAUCUCGUCACCCAAGUUUCUAUGAGUAGCGUGUUACAAGAGGUUGAAAACGGUGGAAAAUUAAACCUUCACCAUAAAAAGUGGUCGCGGUCGCAGUCGCUCGUGAGAGGUGGUCCUUUACGAGAAGUUCUAUGUAUAUGGCUUUGACUUCAAAAACUUCACCCUUUUGGAUAGACGAUCGCUUAUGAGAGGUGGUCGCGCAUGGAGGUUUGACUGUAGUAUUAAGAAAAUUUCGGCCUCGUAGUCGUGUUCGACUUGACAUUUAAAGGACUCUAUCAUGAGAUGAGUAUAAAUAA